AACUAACAGCCUUUCUCUCUCCUCCCCUGGCCCUAUUUUCUCUCUCCUCCUCACACUCUGUUUUUUUCUUCAGUUUUUUUCCGAUGGGAAGAAAAAACUUAGUCGGAAUUCUAAAAGACAAAGUCUCAAUCCUAAAAGCCACCCUUCUCUUAUCCUCAAAACCAACCACCUCUUUCCGCGUUGCCGUCUUACGCGCCACCACUCACCGCCACCCAUCGGAGUUACCACCGGUGGACGACGUCUUAGCACUUGCCCACCGCCACCGCGCUGCUACUUCUGGCGUGUUAAUCCACGCGCUACUAAAACGUCUUCAUGGGACUCGGGAUGUCUUCGUGGCGCUUAAGUGUCUUCUGACGCUCCACCACGUCAUCACUAAUGGGUCCCCUGCUUUGAAGGAACAGAUUUCGUGUUACUCGAGUGGGCCCCUGUUUAAUUUGUCUGAUUUCAAGGAUGAGUCUGAUCGUGACACGUGGGAGUUGUCUUGCUGGGUACGGUGGUAUGCUGAUGUACUCGAUUGCGGACUUGCGUUGUCACGGCGGCGUAACGGCGGUGGAGGUGGAGGGGAGAGGUUGAGGUUGUUGGUGGGUAUGGUGGAGAUGAUUUGUGGGGCACCUGAGACACUCCAUUAUCAACGAAUAAGCUUGAUUUAUGAAGUAAUGAAGCUAAUUGGAGAAGAUUAUCGGAUGAUUAUGAGAGAGAUUAGCACUGUAAUCAAUCAAUUCGGGAAGAAAAGAAUUCAAGAUUCGAGCGAUGAACUAAUCGAGGAAUUAUUGACUGAUUUAAAAAGACUCGAAAAUUGCAGAGAAAAGGUGUUCUUGAUGUUCUUGAACAAGAAGAAGAAUGACGGCGUUUGGGAAUUGAUUGAGGAAGUUAAAAAAGAUGUUGAGGAGGUGAAGGAGAAGAGAGGAAAUAUGAAAUUGGUUCCGUUUCAAGGGAGUGAGUCGACUCACAUGGCGGAGAACCAUGUCGACGAGUCAAGAUCGGUGGUGGUCGUGCCGCCGCCGCCGCCGCGACACGGUAAACGGUGGUUGGAUGUGGAAUGGAAUCCGUUGGUUGCUUCCUAUGGUUGAGUUUUGAUUACUGUUGUGAAGAACUUUUAAGUGUUAAUUUUGAAGAUUGAUAGUGAGUGAGGUCAAUUUUGGUAUUAAUUUUGUAUAUUUUUUAGAUAAUUCUAACUUUUUUAACAAUAAUUUUGGUGUACAUUGUUUUUUUUUUUUUAAUUACUUAGGAAGCAAGUAAAAAAUAGGAAUAAGUCAAUAAUAUUUGAUGAAACUAAUAAUAAUCAACAAUUGUUCAGGUCAA